AUGCCGGGUGUCCUCGGAGCUGCCUCCAUCCCCUUCAUCGCCUGCGUCACACUGCUGAUGGCCAUGAUACUUCAGGUGUUGUCCUUUGCUGCUCCCUUCUGGGCUUAUGAUAACAACGGAGACUUUGGCCUGUGGAGGAAGUACCUCUGCCUGGCGGCAAAUGGAGGCAGUCCUAACAACGACUUGGGUUGCUAUAAACAAGAUCAUCCAUGGUAUAUUGGUGACUGGCUGGAUGCUGUUCGAGCCAUGGAGUCCCUGGCCAUCAUUUUCUGGGCCAUCCCAUUGGUUAUCAUCCCCGUCUACAUCUAUGUGGCCCUGGGACUUUACUACCGCUGCUUGCUAGGCACCAUGACAGCACUGACGCUGUUGGGAGCGAUUUGCAAUUUAAUUGGUUUCCUGGUGUACGCAGCGCAGAUUGCUAAAAACGACACUUGGUUUGCUGGCUGGUGUUUUAUUCUCUGCAUCAUCGCCGACGCCUUUGGAUUUCUAUCAUUUGUCAUUCUGGUGAUAGCCACCUGCAAAAAGCCAGAGUUCACACUGGACCAGUAUUACACAUCUGGCUAUUUCAUUCACCCAGAGCGGGAUGAGUUGUACAUCAUCGGCAACAUGGAGCCUGUAAAAGAUGCCAGCAUUUAUAAUGGUGGCCAUGUUAACCCUGUCCUGGUUGCAGAAUAA